GUUGGCACGAUGUCGUCACAUAUUAGUUUAGUGGUUUUCUCAAUUUUACAACUGAUUUUAUUAAUCAAUGCUGAUGGAUAUAACAAGAGAGAACGCUACAGUCGAGCAAGCCCGACAGUGUAAUACCCUGUACCAAGGUAAACUUCCGCAGCAAAAACAGAAAGAAGAAGAACGAAGUUGUUGCUGCAGUUUGGCGGGGGCCUAGUAACGCUGACAAACGCCAACUAUCCCUACAACACUGGUUUUCCUUUCCUACUUCCUAGGCCACUACCGUUAUCUACUGGAUUAUUUAAUAGGGUUAGCUUCAAUGCUGCUAUAAGCCCAAUGGCUAUACCCCCAGCUAUUGUGCAUCCACAGGCUCCCGUAGCUGCCACCGCGAUUCGCAAAAGCUUUCUAGAAAAUUGGAUAUUCUGGAAUAGAAUGAACUCCAAUGAGGAAUUCACAUUAACAAAAACUAUACCGGACACGAUUACUUCCUGGGUUGUAACCGGCUUCUCGUUGAAUUCAAAAACUGGACUUGCGCUCACCAAAAAUCCAAGUAAAAUUCAGGUCUUUCAACCGUUUUUCGUGUCUACAAACUUGCCGUACUCGGUAAAACGAGGAGAGGUUAUAGCUAUUCCUGUAAUUAUUUUCAACUACAUGGAGAAGAAUCUCGAUGCUGAAGUAACUAUGGAUAAUUCAGAUAAAGAGUUUGACUUUGCCGAAGCAACCAACGAAGCUGAAGAAAAGUUAAUAGACGAGAUACAACGAGUUAGGCGUGUCACCAUCCCUUCAAAUAGCGGUAAAACAGUUUCAUUCAUGAUAAGACCCAAAAAGGCCGGACUAACUACUCUAAAAAUUAGCGCAACAACCCCUCUCGCGGGCGACGCCAUCCAUCAGAAGUUAAAGGUUGAACCCGAAGGGGUGACGCAUUUUGAAAACAGAGCUGUCUUUAUUAGCCUAAAAAAUUCACAAGAAUUGGCUGUUGACCUGAAACUAAACGUGCCAGUUGAUGCGAUCCCAGACUCGGAGUAUUUCGAGUUCUCAGUUGUGGGCGACCUUUUGGGGCCCACCAUUAAAAACUUGGAUAAUUUGGUGCGAAUGCCUUACGGUUGCGGGGAGCAAAACAUGGUUAACUUUGUGCCAAAUAUCCUAGUCUUGAAAUACUUGGAGGUAACAAAUAAAAAAAAACCCAGCUUAGUAGAGAAGGCUAAGAAGUUUUUAGAAAUCGGCUAUCAACGCGAGUUGACGUACAAGCACGACGAUGGCUCCUACAGUGCGUUUGGAAAGUCUGAUCCGGCCGGCAGUACUUGGCUCACGGCCUAUGUGAUGCGCUCCUUUCACCAGGCCAGCAGAUAUACAGAUAUCGAUCCUAAGGUGCUGAGCGCGGGACUAGACUUUCUCGCCGCCAAGCAGAAAGAAAGCGGUCAGUUCCCAGAACUGGGCAAGUUGUUUGACAGCGCACACCAAAAUGAACUGGGUCUGACAUCCUUUGUGUUGUUGGCGUUUUUCGAAAAUGAAGAACUUAUACCGAAGUACCGCCAAACCAUUGAAAAGGGUGUUGUCUUUGUUGCUGAAGAGUCGGAUAAGAGUGAUGACCCAUAUGCCUUGGCUAUUGCAGCUUUGGCGCUGCAGCUUGCAAAGCAUCCGUAUGCCGACAAGGUUUUAGCAAAGCUUGAAAGUAUUGCCAAACGGAGCUACGAUCACAAAUGGUGGUCAAAGACCGAUACCGAUGGGGCUACUGUGCCAAGUCGGACUCUAUAUUUACGUCCACGCAGCAACGAUGUAGAAAUAACAUCCUACAUCUUACUGGCUCUCAUAGAGAAGGAGUCAGCCGAAGCCGUGUUACCCAUUAUUAAGUGGCUGAUCGCACAGCGGAAUAGUAAUGGUGGGUUCACAUCCACUCAAGACACGGUUAUUGGACUGCAAGCCUUGACAAAGUUUGCCUACGAAACUGAAACUGGCAGUGGAAUUAUAGAUAUCAGCUUUGUCGCAGACGGCAGCGGCCAAGCUACCACCGAUAGCAUUAAGGUGAAGCCGGAAAAUGCUUUGGUUUUGCAGACACACGUGCUGCCAAAAACCACACGUCAAGUUAACUUUACGGCCAAGGGCCAGGGAUCAGCAAUGGUGCAGCUUUCAUCGCGUUACAAUAUUGUUCAAAAGGACAAGAAAUCUAGCUUUAAAGUCAAACCCACCGUAAAAACCCAAAAUUCACAAUCACAGCAGCUUACUCUUGAGGUAUGCGCCGAAUAUGUGCCACUGGAAGAGAACGACCAAAGCUUGGACUCGAACAUGGCCGUCAUGGAAAUUAACCUUCCCUCGGGCUACAUCAGCGAUGUCGACAGUUUUCCCCAAAUUGAGGCUAUAGACCGAGUGAAGCGAAUCGAAACAAAGAACUCCGACUCAGUAGUGCUCGUGUACUUUGACAGCUUGACUCCAGGAGAUGUAAAAUGCUUACCUGUGCAGGCCUCUAAGGCCCAUGCGAUUGCCAAACAAAAGCCGGCAGCCAUAUCUCUCUACGAUUACUACGAUACAGAACGACGUGCUACGGAAUACUAUCAAGUCAAUGGCUCUCUAUGCGAUAUAUGCGAGGGUGAAGAUUGUGGAACUAGCUGUAAGAAAACUUAAGGUAUUUCUAACCUAAACCUAAUUUCGACGAAUCCUUUGUUGCCAUGCAAAUUUACAAAAAAUAUAUAUGUAUGUAUAUAAUAAUAAAGCAUUUUUGUAUUGUUUUUGUA